AUGUACCAGCUUGUCACUGGUUUCGAAUUGAAAAGAGAGGUUAUUAAUAUUACAGAGGACCCUAAAGAGCCUACACAACUAUUACAGAGGCUUAUACUCCACUAUUCUAUAGGCGCAAAGGACGAUUUUGUCGCUUAUAGUGGAGCUAGUUUAUGCUCUUGCCCUCUCUCCUGCGAACGCCAAGUCAGCGUGGAAUCAUCACCAUUCUGCUUGGUGGAACUUCCGGGCUUGAUACAUGAAAAGGAAGGGCUCAUCUUUGUUAAGGAAAAUUGUUUCGUCAUCAGAAACCAUACCAACUUUUUCAGUAGUAGUAUUGAAUCAAAAGAGUAA